CAGAGAGAGAGAGAGAGAGAGAGAGUGAGGGUGAGGGUGAGGGUGAGGGUGAGAGAGGAGGGCGAAAGACAAUAAAUUCGUCAAUGGCGGGAGAAGGAGACAUCGACAAUCUUCCGAAGAACGAUGCCAACUACACUGCCCUAACCCCACUCUGGUUUCUGGAGAGAGCAGCUCUAGUCCAUCCACAGAGGAAAUCGAUCAUUCAUGGACGGUUGCAGUAUACGUGGCUUCAGACUUAUCAGCGUUGCAGACGCAUGGCUUCGGCGCUUUCUAAGCAUUCGAUCGGCCUUGGAAAGACGGUAGCUGUAAUUGCACCAAAUGUCCCAGCCAUAUAUGAGGCUCACUUUGGAGUUCCAAUGGCUGGAGCUGUGGUAAACUGUGUCAACAUUCGCUUAAAUGCACAAACUGUUGCUUUUCUUCUGGGGCAUUGUUCUGCUGCUGCUGUUAUGGUGGACCAAGAAUAUUUUUCCUUGGCAGAUGAAGCCUUGAAGAUUUUAGCAGGGAAAAGCCAAGGCAACUUUAGACCUCCACUUAUGAUUGUCAUAGGUGAUGAAAAUUGUGAUCCUAGGGCACUAAAAUAUGCUCUAGAUAAAGGGGCUAUAGAAUAUGAGAAGUUUUUGGAAGGUGGUGACCCUGAGUUUGCUUGGAGACCACCAAAGGAUGAGUGGCAGAGCAUUGCUUUGGGUUAUACCUCUGGAACGACAUCCAGCCCAAAGGGGGUUGUGUUGAGCCACCGGGGGGCAUAUAUCAUGGCUUUGAGUGAUUGCGUCAUAUGGGGGUUAAGUGAAGGGGCUGUGUACCUCUGGACUCUUCCCAUGUUUCACUGCAAUGGGUGGUGCUUCACUUGGGCACUUGCAGCUCUCUGUGGGACAAACAUUUGUCUUCGCCAGGUUACAGCCAAAUCUGUCUACUCUGCCAUAGCCAACCAAGGGGUUACCCACUUCUGUGCUGCACCUGUAGUACUCAACACCAUAGCAAAUGCUCGUAAAGAUGAAGCCAUCCUCCCUCUUCCUCGCCUCGUCCGUGUGAUGACAGCCGGUGCAGCACCACCUCCAUCUGUUCUGUUUGCAAUGACCCAGCUUGGUUUCCGUGUCACCCACACUUAUGGUCUCUCUGAGACCUAUGGACCUUCCACAGUAUGUGCAUGGAAGCCUGAGUGGGACUCUCUUCCCCCUGAAACCCAAGCCCGCCUCAAUGCCCGCCAGGGUGUACGCUACGUUGGUAUGGAGGGCCUGGAUGUUGUCGACCCAAAAACCAUGGCACCCGUCCCUGCUGAUGGUACUAGUCUUGGAGAAAUUGUGAUGCGUGGGAAUAGUGUAAUGAAGGGCUACUUAAACAACCCCAAGGCCAACGAAGAGGCUUUUCAUGGGGGUUGGUACCAUUCUGGGGACCUCGGCGUGAAGCAUCCAGAUGGGUACAUAGAGGUUAAGGACAGGGCGAAGGACAUCAUUAUAUCUGGAGGUGAAAACAUUAGCAGCUUGGAGGUGGAGAGUGCUCUGUACCACCACCCUGCAGUCUUAGAGGUGGCCGUGGUGGCAAGGCCAGACGAGAGGUGGGGAGAGUCGCCUUGUGCCUUUGUGACAUUAAAGCCUGGCAUGGAUGAUGGUGGAUCAGACCAACAACAUAUGGCCGAGGAUAUAAUGAAGUUCUGCCGUAAGAAGCUUCCAGCUUAUUGGAUUCCAAAAUCUAUACUCUUUGGGCCUCUGCCCAAGACAUCCACAGGGAAGGUACAGAAGCAUCUGCUGAGAAAGAAAGCUAAGGAGAUGGGACCUGUCAAGAAGAGCAGACUGUAGCCUCCUCCAUUGCGCAACAUCAGGGGGGGGAGUACCUAUUACUACCACUCUUUCUAGUAGCCAAAAGGUUGCAUAGUAAUUAAAUAGUAAGUUUUCCCAUUUGUUAUUACUCGACUCCUUUCGGCCUUCAUUGUAAAUCAUUAUGGUAGUCGAGAGUUCUCUGGAAGCGAUUGUUGGUUCAAGUUUUCAAAAGUUCUGUAAAAAAGAUGCCUGUUUGUGGACUCAACCAAUAUAUAAGGAGUUUCUGCGAGUUGAAGUGUUGGGACCA